GGAACUGGCGUGUAAAGGUGCCUUCGUAAUUCGUGGAUAUUUUUUCAAGCAUCCCAGCCGCUUAUUUGCAGCUUCAAGGAUAUUUUUUUGAGGAUAUUUCUCACUUUAAGUUGAGUGUUAAGAUCAUAUCCAGAACUUAGUACAUUGAGCAGAAAAAUUUGUUACUAUGGAUGUCUUCGGUAACGACAAAAGAUGGCUUGUGACUCUUGUUACCUCAAAUAAGGUCGUUGCUCCAGUUUUACAGGAUAUCGUGAAACAAGGAAUGGACAAACUGUUUGCUAUCCUAGAUAAUUACCUUAAAGGCUUACCGACACCUUGCAGUCUACAAACACUGACCUACGCAGAUGUUUGCCAUCUGGCAGCCACGCCAAGUCCUGCUUCUUCGCUUAAAGACCUAAAUUUCGGAAAUAUUAACAACAACUCUGGUGUUCAUAGAAAGACCAAAACGGCUUAUAACUACAAUGUAAACAGCCCAGUUGAUCUUGCCAAGCUUUAUCUUCCAUACUACCUUGCAGUAUUCUCGGCAUUCGACAAAUCUAUGGAUUUGAAUGCCGCUCUUAGACUACUGGGAUGUAGGAAGUAUCCCGUACAAAUAUUCGUGUCUUCUGAUCCUGUGCACGAUAUUCAGUCGUUGGCAGAUGAUGUCAGAGAGAAUGUCAGGAAUCGGGGAAGUCAUUUUAAAGAGAGUGACUGGACCCAAAUCUUCUUUGACCAAUGCUUUGACAAGUUAAAGGCUCUGCUCCAAUAUCUGCCCCUGCUUCCCGCCAAAAAAAAGAAGCUUUUAGAUCAACUCUCUGCAUGGAAAACAGAAGGUUUCAAGCGGAUUGUUGACAAUGACGUCAAAGAUCUACUUGAAAAAUUCCAAAACGUCAAACUUGCUUCAAUUAAUGACAAAUUGGACGACGUACCAACUAGGGAGGAGAACGAAAGAGUGAUAGAAAAGCUAUUUUCCUUUCACACCAGUAUGAUGGAUAGAUUUGAUAGGAUGGAAUCCUUACUUCGAAAAGUUGAGCACAAGCUCGACGGCAUCAGCGUCAGUGCUAUAAAUCAAGAAGGUAGCAAGAGUGUUCACUCUACAGAAUCAAGCGUCUUGUCUACAGACGCCACUUCUAAAGAAACCCGCCAAAUGAGUGAAGAGAACAAAAACCCAGAAUCGACGUGUAAGCUUCGAGCGACAAUUGCCAAAUUGUCAAGGCGAACACUGCACAAAGCUGCUAUCAGUGGCCGAUGUGACUUUGUUAAAGUACUUCUUGAAAAUGGUGAAGAUGUGGACCAGAUGGAUGAGUUCAAUUUGACGCCUCUUCACCUUGCCGCAUGGUAUGGGCAACGAGCUGUUGCGGAACUCUUGUUAAAGCACGGUGCAAAUGUCAAUGCUGUGGAUAGGUUUCAAAAAACAGCGCUACAAAAAGCUGAACGCAACAAUCACCGAUCCAUUAUUGAGCUUCUUCUGAGGAAUAAAGCGAGUCCCAGUUACAACCAACCGCCUAGCCUACUGACCCUUUCAAGAAAAGCUUUUCUCCAUGUAGAUGCACAAUCCGGCUUCAACAGACUGCAGGCCGCUGUAUUUCAUGGCGACUAUGGCACGCUUUGUACAGCUACUAUCUAUCUUGGGAAUGUUGUCCAAGACAUGAAUUUACAAAAAACAGGACGCCAAGCAAAGGCAUUUCCUGGAAAAACUGCGUUAGAGAUUCUCUUGGCUCUCCAAGAUAAAGGAGAAGGAAAUGUUAAAAUAGAAGAACUGUAUAAAAUGGAAGUUGAGAAGAUCGAUACAUUAACUGAGCUGCACUUGUGUAAAGACAACAAUGAUGUAGAGAAGGCUGUCGAGAUUGUUCUAAACGAGGGUGUAGAUAUAAACAUACCAGGAAAAAGCAACCGUACACCUUUGUUGUGGGCAAGUCCAUCAGUCUCUGGUGAGUUUAUUAAGACCCUCAUUGAUCUUGGAGCUGACAUAACUGCUCAGAGGACAGACGACAACAUUGCACCUUUGUCUUUAGCAGCUGAUUGGAACAACUACAUGGCCGUUGGCAUCCUUUUAAAGCAUGGAGGCAAUGUGGGUCUUCCAAGUCUCUCAAAAACGGUGGGAUUACAUGGGUGCGCAGAAAACGGAUUCUUGAGUGUCUCCCGGUUACUAAUUGAUUCAGGAUGCGACAUUAAUUUGCGCAACAACAAAGGCCAAACCGCGCUUUACUUAGCCGUCAAAAAUAAACACAAACACAUUGUCAAAUGUUUACUUGAAAGCAAAGCGGAUGUGAAUGUGAAGUACAAGGAGAAUGCAAGUGAGAGAAUUUACCUUGUUCGUGGGAAGGACAGAGGAAAACCAGCGUGGCAUUAUGUCCUAGUAGAGAAAGCUUUGUUGUCGUUGUUCUUGAGGCAGACUAAUGGAAGUAGUCUUGACGUUGCAGACUUUGGAUUCGUCCUCACGAGUGGAUGGGGAAAGGGUCCUCCGGAGGACGCACAGAAGAAUAUCAAUGAAAUGGGUGCUAUCUUUCCUGACACACAAAGUCGAACAGUUCUACAUGUUGCCAGCAAAAGUGCUAGUCUCGAGAUCGUUGAUCUACUAGUGAAAUACAAAGCAGAUAUAAACGCGAUCGACAUGGACGGCUUUACCCCACUGCAUUUGGCUGCGAUGUAUGGUGACAUUCAAGUUGUUAAAAAACUGGUUGAAACCAACGCCGACGUUAACUUGAAAGUGGAUGGAAAGGAUGCGGCUGACUUGGCUCGCAUGAACGAAGAAACAGAAAUUGAGGAAUACCUUAAAUCAAAAAGAAGCCUUCCCCAAAGAGACUCGGAAAGGCAAUCGGCGCUAAGUCAACUGGCGGAAAGUCAAUAGGCGGAAAGUCAGUGAGCGGAAAGUCAACCGGCGGAAAUUCAACCGGCGGGAAGUCAAUCGGUUUUAAAAGUUGCCAUGAAAGGGGCAGGACAAGGCUUAAAGUACUUU